UAGGUGAACAAGGCUAUCGGGGGUGUCAAGAUGUCAGUGAAAUAUCACGAAAGGAGAUGACUGCAGCUUGCUUCCAACGUUUGCUGCUAGAAAACGAUUUAAUUCUAUUUAUUCCACGGCAUCAUCAUUUCCCUAUGCACAUUAUAUUAUACCUUUAGUUUAUUGCUUUAUAAGUUGCGAUUUUAUUGCGCGUUUUGAUCAAACACUGGUAGUAUGCUGAAAGUAUCAAACUAUUACGCAAUUACUCGAGUAUCAAGUGUUUACAGUACUCGGUGUUGCCCAACUGCCCCUCCCCUCCACUUUAUCGAACGCAUAUAACUGAUAAAGCUACUCGCGUUAUACAUAAUCGCUUGCGUAUUUUUUUAGCAUGCAAUUCGCAUUUACUUAUGUAAUACAACUCUAACACUUUACUUCAUAUCUUAGAAGCAUUGAAACUUUUUCAUUUCGCUUCGGUCCAUCGAACUGAGUAGUCAAAUACGGAACAUAGGUAGAUUCGCAAAUCAUCAUACCACAAGGUGAUCGAAUUGGAUUAACUGCUGGAAUGGGGCCGAAGGAAAAGAAGGAGAGCACCCUGAUUGGGCUGAAGUAUCCGAGCUUUCGCGAUAAAGCUUGGAAAACUGGUGCAAGCUGGCUGGACGGUAAGAGGAAGGACGACGGAAUCGAAGGACUGUGGCGGGUCGGUGACAAGCUCUACGACCUGGCUCAAUGGGUUGGGAAUCAUCCUGGUGGCGCAGAGUGGCUGACCCUCACUAAGGGAACCGACAUCACGGAGGCGUUUGAGGCCCACCACAUUACUUCCUUUGCCGAACAACUCCUGCCAAAGUUUUACGUCCGGGACGCUACCACUCCCAGAUCCAGUCCGUUGACCUUCAAACCAGACGGUUUCUAUAGAGUGUUUAAAAGCCGCGUCAGAGAAGCUCUGAAGGGUGUCGAUUUCCACAAGCCAGCGAAGUUGUCCAAUUUGAUGAGCGACUCCCUUUGCGCUGGGACGUUAGCUCUUUGCGUAACGGCCUCAGCCACGCAAUCAUGGGCUGCGAUUUUCGCUGCUGCGAUUUUCCUUACGUGGACCGCGGUAGCAGGGCACAACUACAUGCACCUGAGAGAUUCGUUUCGUAUGGCCUACAUGGAUCUGAGUCUUCUUUCCUCGAAGGAAUGGCGAAUAACCCAUUGUCUGAGCCAUCAUCUUUACGCCAACUCCAUUUUGGACUUUGAACUCUCGAUGUUCGAGCCCUUCUUUGAUUACGUACCUCACGAAAAGGGGUUCAUCACUCGUCGUUUGUCCUGGCUUUAUACUCCCUCAGUUUACGCCGGAGUCUAUUUCAUGAACGGGGUCAAAAGAAUCUACAGUCUGGCUUUUGAGUGGGGCACCUUAGAUUACAGGGAUUUAACACCGUUUCUGAUCCCAGCCCUGAUGUGUGCAGUGGCACCGCCGAGUCUCGCCCUCGCUGCUUGGAUGAAGGUCAUCGCUAUAUCCAGUUUCUAUUUCGUCUUGAUUGGAGCAAACGCCGCUCACCAUCACCCUGACAUCUAUCACGAUGGAGACGUCCAUCGCGAGGAUUUAGACUGGGGCCUGGCUCAAAUAGACGCAGUCCGGGAUCGCGUUGAAAUCGAGCCUUCCCGUUUUCUCAUAAUAACCCACUUUGGGUCGCACACCCUCCACCACCUUCUACCAACCGUCGAUCAUUCUUACUUACACCUCUGCGAACCCGCCUUUGAGCAAACCUGCAAAGAGUUUGGCGUUAAUACCGAUCUAUGGACUCAGUGGAAACUCUUCAAGGGCCAAUUCAUGCAGUUACAACACACAGAGCCGAAGAAAACGCCCAAUACCAGAUAAUUUUAUAUGUUUUAUUAUAUUAUACCUUGACAUAUGCUUAAGAGAAUAAAAUCGAAACUACGCGUGACUCGUAAACAUGUAUUCUAGAGUGACGAAUCCAAAAUACGAUCAAUAGGAAAGUUCCAUGCAUUUUUUUAAAUUCAAAUUUUGGUAGUUUAGGGAAAAAGAGUUGGGCCAAUUUUUAUCUUAAUUCAUUUACAACAAAGUUGAAGCGGAUACAACAGGAUAAAACAUGGUAGUAUGUGUAAUGUGACGUCACCCAUAGUGCUAAAGUAAGUAAAAGAAUAGUGAAAUUCAAUUGCGUGUAGCUUUUGUGAUGAUCAUUUCUAGUGCAAAUAAAAAAUACGAUUCCAUCA